UACUAAGUUGGAAGGGAAGCAUUCGUGGGUGCAAUAGUGGAGUACAGUGGUUUUACAGUUUAGCAGUUAAUUCCCUAGUUGGGUACUAUUUUGUGAUUUUUUUGUUUGUUUAUACGAAUAUGGAGUUCAUCCUGGUUUUUUAUUUGUGUCUGGUUCCCCUAGUUAUUGACGCAAGUUACAUCCGACUUAAGAGCACCGAACAUAACUCACAAAUAGCUUCUAAUCCUGCCCCCCUAAUUAAAGAAAUGACAGACCGUAAUGGGGCAUUGCACACAUCGUACCCCACCAAAGCCAUCGAAAAAGCACUAAAAAAGUACAAACAGUUUUUGCCGCUUUUAAACCAAAGCAACGCGAUCCCAGUAAGAAGAAAAAGAGAUGCCAGUAGUACCUCCAUGGACAAUGGCGAGUGUAACUCGGAUGUGUACUAUGAAACGCCCACUAACGUCAAGACUAUGGAUAAUAAGGAUUUUAUAGUUGUUAAUCAUGGACCUUACUAUCAGCUAGUUGUUACUGAAACGUGUUUGAGGGAUAGCACCAGAUCGAAAAUAUGCCUUAAGGACAACCACUUGGUGGGAAAAACUUGCUAUACCGGAUCCUGUGAACAGCAGCAUCAACACAUUUAUUUAAUAACCUACAAUAGCAAUACUAAAGCGAUUGAAAGGUCAGUUUUUCAGUACAACUCUUCUUGCGUUUGUAAGCUGAAGCCCAAGUUUAGUUGCUAAAAACAAAUUGUUGUUUUUUGUCCCUUUUUUAUGUCUAUCUAUCUAUAGAUUUGUUCACUUAUUUAUUACUGCAAUUUAAGACUGUUGUGUUAUUUAUUGUUUAUUUUUAUUGUUUUUUAUUUAUUUAUA